UCGCUUCUAAAGCUUAUUCAUCGUUUCUAUCUCCGAUCCCUUUUUUUAUUAUUUGUGUUUAUUGCUGAGCCAUCGACUGGCUGAUCGGGUUGAAGGCUCAGUUGGAAAGGGGGACCUUUGGGGAGUGAGUUCUCAGAUUGAACACUUGCAGUGGGACCCCGAAAACUGACUGUUUCAAGCUUCGAAGGACAGGACACAUUUUGAAAACCCCGUUCAUGCUUGCCGGGCCAGCACAAGCCGAAGCCCACGAGAAAAAGAUCUACAUAAUUGUUUUUCAGAGUGUCCUGCAUCAUCUGCUGCGGAUCGCGCAAGAUUGGAGCUCUCAACAAUAAUUAUGUCUAGUUCUGCGGCAAGGAAGGAAUUUGAAUCCGGGGAGCAGUUGCAAAGACCACCUCCAAGACAGGCACCCUUCAAGUUUCUGGUGCCACUGGUGUAUGCUCCGAUCUUGCCCUUAAUCAGAAUUGGAUUGAGGAAGCAGCCUGUAUUAAGAGAUCGUGCGUUCACUAUUGUCCUUGGUGCAGCUCUUCUUCAUGGAGGCUACUUAGUAGCUGACUUGUAUGAUGUAGAGAGCAAGUGAGAUUGAACCGGAAAGAUUGAGCUUGAUCAAACCAAACUCAGCUUUUUCACCGCUGUGUUUAGCACCAAUGUUUCCAAGUUCACUAAGCUGACUGUCGGCAAGUGCACUCGAUGAUGUGCAAAUUCAGUUGAAGGACUAAAGAUAGAUCAUAAUUAAUGCCGUUGUCGAGAGAAGGAUGGUAGCACCUCCCAGCCACAGCAGGGUGGGUUAAUGGUCUUCAGGCUAUUACUCGAGUAAAAUUUAAAGUUGAGUACUUUUGAUGAAUUCUCCCGGUGUUGUGUUAUCGAUGAAACGUUACAUACUGCGUGCUCUA